GCACAGUUUCGUAGAUACCCUUAACACGUGAAGGUUUUAACACAUAGAACGUUACAUAUAACAAAACAUUGUUAUUAUAUCACAAUGGGUAUUAUAAAUGACAAAUUGAAUCACGUAAAUGCAAAACCAGAGGAAGUGCAAAAGUCUAAUAAACCAUUGAAACCUUGUUGUGCUUGUCCAGAGACGAAAAAAAUAAGAGAUGAUUGCAUUAUUACCCAAGGUGAAGAGAACUGCACACAUUAUAUAGAAGCACAUAAAGCUUGUAUGCGAUCAUUAGGAUUUAAUAUAUAAAUAUAAAAUAUGUAUUA